AUGGCAUCAGUUUUCAUGCUCAUAGUCUUUUUGACAAUGGCAUCUCUCUCUUCGAGUCAUCCUGUUCUUGAGAUGGGGAAAAGAGCAUCUGUCAACGUUACUUUCGAUGAGUUACCUCUUGAACCUUCUGACCCAAAGUAUUCGUCCUGGGGACUUUGGGGCAAAAAUGACCAGUUGGGUAGAACAAACCUCAUCACUGCAGAGGUUACCCGUCAAGCUGCUGUGUCAAAUAUCCGGACUGGGGAGGUGAUUCCUCUGAACUUGCCACUGGAUCAACCCCUGCGUCCCAUGAAUCCGACGCGGGCGAAAUUGAAGCACAAUAUAAUUGUCAAGGAGGUUUCCAACGACGAUGAGAUGUCCAUCAACACCCAGGCUUCUACUCACUGGGAUGGCCCACGGCAUAUGCCAUACUUGGAGGGCAGGAAAUUCUACAAUCAUAUCACCCAAAACGACAUAUCGGGACCUUACAACAACACGCGCAUUGGCAUUCAGAACCUGGCUGAACGCCCCAUUGCUUCCAGGGGUGUCCUUCUCGACUGGGCGGACUAUGCCGCCGAAAAGAAUAUUUCUUACAACGCAUUCGACAGUUUCGAAAUUCCAUAUACAGAUCUGCAGAUAAUUGCUGAUUCACAUGAAAUCAAGUUUCAGGAAGGCGACAUUUUACUAAUUCGCAGCGGCUACCAGCUUCAGUAUGAGGCGCUCAACGAGACGGAAAAAGACCAAAUGGGUCUCCGAGAGGGUGCUGAUCGCAAAUACAUGGGGGUGGCCGGAAGUGUUGACAGUGCUCGUUGGCACUGGGAGGCUGGAUUCGCCGCUGUGGCCGGAGAUACUAACGCGUAUGAGUCGUGGCCUCCCGUCACUGAGGGUGGUAGACUGAAACUGCACGAGGUAUUUCUGUCAGGCUGGGGCAUGCCCAUCGGUGAGCAAUUCAGCCUUGAGGCGCUCUCCAAGAGAUGCAAAGAAUUGGACCGAUGGACAUUCUUUGUAACCAGCCAACCGCUCAACUUGCCCGGCGGAGUCGCGAGCCCCGCGAACAUCAUGGCCAUUUUCUACAGUGCCGCGUAA